AUGGAGUCUCGUUCCAAAACAGAGAUGUUAACAACAAUGUUGAAGAAUACCGCCCCUAUUGAAGUAAUUCAAACUGCAGGAGAGGAGGUCAUCGAUGAGAAAGACGAGAAAAUACUGCAUUUGGAAACAGAAAUACAAAGGCUGAAUAGUGUUGUUAGAACUUUGAAUAGGUGCAAAAACGAGCAGUCAGCAGAAAUUAAACGCCUUAGGAUUUCCAUUAAAACCUCGGAAUUCCACAGAAAUAAUUUGGAGCAAAAACAACGGCCAGGUAAUAUUUUUCAACGUGUGUCACAUGAUCUAAAUUCCACUGACCCAAUUGAAAAAAUGUUGACUUGGAGAUUCUCAACAACGACGGACUUGAGAAUUUGGCAUGGUACAUCUGCCACAAACUCGGUAAAGACAACCUCGAAAUUUAUGCCAAUUCAGAAAAUUGUUCGUCUUAUACUUGGGUGGAUCACGUUUCUGAAGGAGGACUCUCAAAACCAACAGAUAUGUUAAUGGAGCAUAUGAGAGCCUUGCAAGCAGUAUUUGACGAUGUAAAUGGUACUGAUUUGCAUAGACUUACAUAUGUACAAAUUACGCCCAGAAGCACAUAGAUUUAAGUAAUUUUGUAAAUUGUAGCUUGAAAGUAAAAGAAUUGUUUUUCAGAGCUAGAAUGUAUUUUAGGAUUCGUUCCUUAAAUAAAAACUUAA